CUGGCUCCUGUGGGCACUGGGCUGGGCCACUGGGGACACCAAGGGCCUAGCAAGACCUGGCUGCCUGCCUUGCUCAUGGUCAUGAACAGGCACCAGGGGGCGCUGUGAACAGUUCGCGUCGUUCUCCCUCACGGAGGAGACGCUCUAUCCGGAAGGGAGCAUUAUAGCGACACUUCCGGUCAGGUGCAUUCGGUCACUUCCCGCGGCGCGGCGCGGCGUGGCCGGGCGGGUUCAGUCGGCAGCAAGAUGCGCAUCGAGAAAUGUUAUUUCUGCUCCGGGCCCAUCUACCCGGGACACGGGCUCAUGUUCGUGCGGAACGACUGCAAGGUCUUUAGAUUCUGCAGAUCAAAAUGCCACAAAAACUUCAAAAAGAAACGAAAUCCCAGAAAGGUCAGAUGGACCAAAGCCUUCCGAAAAGCAGCUGGUAAAGAACUAACAGUGGAUAAUUCAUUUGAGUUUGAAAAACGUAGAAAUGAGCCAGUGAAAUACCAGAGAGAGCUGUGGAGCAAAACUGUUGAUGCAAUGAAGAGAGUGGAAGAGAUCAAACAAAAACGCCAAGCUAAAUUUAUCAUGAACAGAUUAAAAAAGAGCAAAGAACUGCAGAAGGCACAAGACAUCAAAGAAGUCAAGCAAAACAUACACCUUGUUCGGGCUCCACAUGCAGGCAAAGCAAAACAGCUGGAGGAGAAAAUGGUUCAGAAAUUGCAAGAGGAUAUAGCUAUGGAAGAAGAGUCCUAAAAACCUUCUUUCUUUCUUUCUUACUGUUUUUUGAUUCACCUCUUCAGAGUUCUGACUUGUGCAUUAUUGAUUCAUCUGAUAUUUCAUUGAAAUGAAAGGUGAUUAAACACACCCUAGAUGCAUAUCUCUCUUUUCUGCGUGUGUGUGAAAAGCAUCAGACGUGUUCAUUAUAUCUUCUAAGGAAAGGUACUCUCUUAAUUCUUUAUUGGGAGACAAAUACACUUUACUGAGCAAAAGUUAUUUUGCAAGUCAUCCAAUACUGUUUGUAAUUAUAAAAAUGAGGCAAUUGGUAUGAAGUGGCUGUCCUGCAGAUAAUAGUUUUGGACAAUACUUUUUGUAAUUCUGUAAUUAUACAAAACCUUAUUAUCAGUGCUUUAUGCAUAACAUAAAGCCUUUCAUUUGAGAUAAUAUAUAUCUCCUUAUUGUCCAGGGAGGGACAGUGGGGGACACCUUUUAUCUAGCUAAUAAUUCAUGGUAUAAUUGGCUUCAAUGGCAGUUUUCUUCAGUGGACUUUUGCUCAAGGCUUUUAUAAUUUGGUAUGCCAUACCCCUCCAGGGGUGUGUAAAUUGCAUCUUCGCACCUACAAGGGAUGGCAGAAUCACAUUUUGUCUAUAUUUACUGCAGUGGAACAUUAGCUUUUUACUGUAUGCCUGUAGGGGAAAAUAGGCUGCUUAAAAUGUAACAAUGAAGAGUGUUUUUGUGUAUUUUUCCUUCCAUAUUUAAAAGAACUCUUGAUUUAGCAUAGUCUAUUAGAGCAACUAACACCGAUGCAAGUUUUACUGUUGUUUGGAGAAGGCUGCUGAUAGAAUGCUGGCUUCCAGUUUGAAGACUGGAAUCAUCACCUGUAUAACCACUGGAACUCAAAUCUGUGCCACAAAACCAGGCUAGUUCAAAUACGCAAUAAAAUCUAACUUUUUACCAUGUAUAAUGUAACUUAACGCUUUUGUAAUUAUGUUGACAGAAAAGUUGUUUUAAAGUAUAGGUAUGUUGGAUAUUCCUAGUAGUAUUUUCUUCAUCCAAAAUGUUAUCAAUGUUGCACUCAGAUAAAUAGUUGUCCACUGAAAGUUAUUUAUCUGCACCAUGAUUAGGGGAGCCUUUCAAAAACACUUUAAGUAUUAUUUACUUUCUUGUCACUGCUAAUUAACUGAAAAAUCAUAAUUUGCAGUUUCAUUCCUGAUACGAAUAGGAGGUAAAUUCAAUUGGAAAACUACCUUAUUUUAAAAAUGUAUAUACCUGUAUGCUGUUUGUUUUAAAUUAAAAUAGAAUUACGGUUUGUACUUUCAAAAAGAGACAGUGGGGAAAACUGAUGUGCAUGGAUUCAAAAAUGUAGAUCCACUUGAAUUAAAUGUCAAUUUAGAAUAUUCUAAACGCUAACACACUCGGUUUCAACUGCUGUUAAAACAUUAAUUUAAAAUUAGGUAAAUAACAAUUGCAGGAGUUUGACACGAAGGUAAAGUUUAAUUGUAAGAUUUGCUAACUGUGAUACACAGUGGCUGCAUAAACCUGAUGAUCAGUGCCUUGGCUGACUGACAUGAAUUGUAUUUGCUAUCUAAGUGCUAAUUUUUAAUACUGUCUCAAAAUCAUUUGACAGAUUAGCCCGGGGUAUGCUGAUAGGGUGAAAUCAGUUAGAUACUAAAAUACACUCCCGAAUGAAAAUGAGUGCUCAGACUCCACCAAGGCAGAGAAUUUGCCCAUUUUUGAGCAUUGUGCACAUGCAAGUUAAGUAUCCCUUUAUAUAUGUUUAGAUUGUUCUUUAAAAUGCUGCAGUUCUGAUAUCUUUGCCCUAUAUCAAAUAAGAAAUUAAGCAGCUUGUGUAUGUUUGGGACAACAAAACAGUGAACCUAAUCAAAUAUGUUAAAAUACAAUUGUAAGAUGUAAUUUGAUGCCUGAUCUAAAGUAUAUACUAAUAAAGGGAUUCCAAUUACACAAAAA